AUGAUUAUGAUUUAUGAAUAUAAUAUUUUGAAAUAUGCCGCGAUUUACGGUCGUAAGGUAGGCCUAGUGGGACAGGAUAAAGACUUUGGAUUCCCCAUAACUCACCAACUUUCACUUCCCCCAAUUUCUUCAUCCUCUCUCUACUUUCUCUCUCUACAGGUGAAUUCAGUAACCGAGCGAGAGGAUGAUAGCCAAUGGCGACUUCUGAUGGUACAUUGGUGGUUGCCUUUGGUUGUGAAGUUAGUUUGGAUCUGA